AUGUAUUUAAAUUUAAAUUAUUUUAUAAAGAUAUCAAAUAAUAAAGCAGUACCAAAUUUUAAUAAAUUUUUAAAAUUUGAAUACUUUAUACUUGGUAUCUUUAUCGCGUUGUUGUGUUGUGUAUUUAUAUCUAAAAAGAGAAAACAUGAACAUAUUCCAAAUAGUCAGAUAUCAAGAUGGAAAAGUUUGUUGGAAUUUGUCAAUUGUCUUUGGAUUUUAAAGAUGAAUCAAUUUUUCAUUUGGCAUUCCAAAGAGAAUCGUGACAAGGACAUUUACAAGAUACAAUUGGGGUUUCAAGAGAUGGUGGUUGUGACCAACCCAGAUAUGAUCAUGCAAGUUUGUAGUAUGCGUCCCGGUAGUUAUAUUAGACCAAAAUCAACCACCGGUGCUCUAUCAACUGCACACAAUGUAUUUGCGUCGGAAGCUGAUAAUUGGAAAACUCAUCGUAAAACUGCUGGUGCAUUUACAAUGACUCAAAUGUCAAAUCUAUUUCAACCAAUCAAUCAUAUUGUUGAUAGGUUCAUUAGGAAAUUGGAACAGCACUUGGACAACGAUAAUAAUAAUAAUAAUAAUAAUUUUGGAAGUGAAAUAAAUGUUUCACAAGAAAUGAGUGGAAUAGCAUUGGAUGUAAUUCAUUUGGUUGGAUUGGGACAUGAAUUUGGAAUUAGUAGUGAAAAGGUACCGAUUGGAAAAGUUAGUAAAUUUGCCAAACGUAUUCGUGUGGCACUGCCAGUCAUCACCAAGCGUAUCAUGUCUCCGUUUCCCUAUUGGAAGGUUAGACCGAGUUGGACGGACCGCCAACUAGACAAGUUUAUCCAAAUGAUCCGUGACUAUCGCACGGCACAACAGGCUGACCAACCAGAACCGGCAUCACCAUUUUUAAAAUCAUUGGUCGAACAAUUGGACGCCAACUCGAUCAAUGAGGAUGAGAUUAUUGCUAAUCUGGCAGUCUAUGUUUUGGCAGGUCACGACACGAUCACAUGUACUCUAUCCUAUACUCUACACCUUUUGGCAAUGAAUCAAGAUAUAUUGAAAAAGGUUAGAAAUGAAGUAGACCUAGUUAUGAAUAGUCUAGCAGUCGAUGGAUGUGAUGAACCAGUCAUUACAAACAAGAUUGCAUCACAAUUUGUAUACUUGCAACAAGUGAUUCUAGAAACAUUCCGGUUCAAAUCACUUGUCCCAUUCAUCAUGCUAGAGUGUAACCAAGACAAUAUCAUUUCUUCACCUGCUUGUGGCAAUGUAGAGAUUUACGAAGGUGCAUCCAUUUGCCUAUCUUUUGAAAGCUAUUACAAUAAUCCCAAGUAUUUCGUAAAGCCAGAGGAAUUCAAUCCCGAUCGUUGGAAAGGUGUAAACAUUGACAAUUGUCAACACUUUAAGCUGUUUCCCUAUUCAUACGGACCGAGAAUGUGUCCAGGUAAGAGACUAUCCAAAGUAGAGUUGGUCGUCAUCCUUGCCAAACUCAUCCAUCGUUUUGAUAUUCAAACAUCACAAAACAAAAUGAAUCAUUCCUAUCAAGAUCAUUAUAGUUUUUUACAAUCUCCUGACCCUGGAAUCAUUAUUAAUUUUAAAUUUAGAGAAAAUUAA